AUGCUAAUUAGGUUAUCAACUAAUAUCAUUAAAAGAAUAAGGUAAACAUAUUGCAUUCAAGUAUCUCUUCAAUAAUAUAUAAGAAUUCUACUAGAACUCAGUUGGAAACAUUAUCCAAAAUUGAUGAUCUAGAAAAAAUAUAAUAAGAAUGGAUAGAUUUGGCUAAAUCAAAAAACAACAACAAUAAUGAUUAAGAUGAAGAAAUUGAAGAGUAAGAAGAUAAGAAAGAAACUAAAGAUGAUAAAGAUUUAUAAGAAAGUGAUAGUGAUUCUGAUGAUGAUGAACCAAAGGGAGGAAGGAAAAUACCUUUAGUUGAAUUGGUCAAAGGUUUUAUUCCUAGACUUUUAAGACCAGAACCUCAAGAGUGAUAAAUAUAUAGUGU